AUGUACUGCUAUAACGCGUACUUCUACUACCAGGUCAUCCGUCACGCCGUGCGUCUGUCCAACCGCUACGCGUCUCUCGUGCAGCACUGGCCGGCCGCCAGCAGCGGGCUCUACCCCGGAUGGAUUGCCGGCCGCAAGUGCGGCUCAUACAUUCUCAUCCGCUCCUACGACGGCUUCCGAUUCGCCCACAUUUCCUUCCUGGGCGGCAGUUUGUCGUUUCUGGACGCGCACAGGGGGGUGUUCCGGUGGGAGAUCUGCUACAACCUGCUGCUGCUCCGCAUGAUCAGCUUUGGGCUCGAUUACUACUGGGCCGCCCGGGAUUCAGCCGCAGCAGCAGCAGCGCAGGGAAUGCAGGGAGCAGGGGUUAGGAGUCCCAGGGGAGGGUUAUCAGAGGGAGAGCCGCUGCUUGGAUCCAAGAUCACAGGAACAGUCAGUGCCAGCAGCACGGGAAGCAGCUUUCUGGAAGCUCACCGAGCCAAGUGCUUGCAGUGCAGGCAGGGGCAGGCGUGCUACACGGCGCGGCAGGGGGAGAGCCUCCCUCUGGCUGCAUACUCCCUCCCCACCUACCUUGCUUACCUCCUCUUCGCCCCACUCUAUAUCUCCGGACCUAUUGCUUCCUUCAACGCCUUCACCUCGCAGCUCGACACCCCGCAAAAGACAAUGUCCGCCGCCCGCGUCGCCAUGUACGCCGUCCGGCUGGCAGCCUCAUUUCUCCUGAUGGAGCUCAUGAUGCACUUCUGCUACUUCCAGGCACUUGCCAAGUCCGCCGGACCCUGGUUCUCGGAAGCUUCCCACAGCAAGGGGGGUAACGACCUAGGGAGUGUCCUGUGGGGUCAAGAGGCUCCUGGGAAUCUCGCUCUGGGGAUGAGCAUAGUGAGCUAUGGCGUUCUUAACUUCAUGUGGCUCAAAUUCUUCCUCAUCUGGCGCUACUUCCGCCUCUGGGCGCUCGUGGCCGGCGUGGAAACCCCCGAGAACCUUCCUCGCUGCAUCAACAAUAAUUACGACAUCGAGGGGUUCUGGCGCGGGUGGCAUGCGUCGUACAACAAGUGGAUCGUGCGGUACCUGUAUAUUCCGCUGGGCGGCGGGAAGCGGAAGCUGGUGAACGUGUGGAUCGUGUUCACGUUCGUGGCGCUGUGGCAUGACUUGGAGUGGAAGCUGUUGUGGUGGGCGUGGCUGACGUCGCUGCUGCUCGCGCCAGAGAUGAUCGUCAAAGCCAUUGGCAACCUCAAGGCCCUGCAGGGCUUCCGCAAGUCGUGGAUGUACCGAGAGUGUUGUGCAAUAGCCGGCUCAUUCAACGUGCUGGGCCUCAUGACGGCCAACCUGGUGGGCUUUGUGGUGGGGCUGGACGGCGUGCGCGGCUUCCUCUCCAGCUUCCUCUCGGACCCCUUCCUUGUACUCGUUACAGUCUUCUCCAUGUACGUUGGCGUGAAGCUUAUGCUGGAGAUUCGUGAGGGCGAGGCGCGGGCGAAGGCGAGGCAGAGUGUGUUGGGGGUGGAAGGGGCAGGAGGGGUUGGGGUGAAGGUGGAGCAGGGGUUGCCGGGUGGGGUGGAUGACAAGCACGGGCAUCAGAUCGCUGAGCUCGCCGCCAAGGUCAACAAUGUGGAGGCUCGCGUCUCCAUGAGGAAGACGGCCAAGGCCGCCCCCGCCAGCUCCUUCUACGGCCCCGACCGCCCCCAGUUCCUGGGCCCCUUCUCCUCCCCCCCGUCGUACCUCAACGGCGAGUAUGCCGGUGACUACGGGUGGGACACCGCGGGCCUGUCCGCCGACCCCGAGACAUUCGCCAAGAACCGCGAGCUGGAGGUGAUCCACGCCCGCUGGGCUCUUCUCGGCGCCCUGGGCUGCCUGACCCCCGAGCUCCUGGCCAACAACGGCGUCGAGUUCGGCGAGGCUGUGUGGUUCAAGGCCGGUGCUCAGAUCUUUUCCGAGGGCGGCCUCGACUACCUCGGCAACCCCGGCCUGAUCCACGCCCAGUCCAUCCUGGCCAUCUGGGCUACCCAGGUCAUCCUGAUGGGCGCCGUUGAGAGCUACCGCGUGGGUGGCCUCGAGGGCUUCCAGGAGGUUGAGGACCCCCUGUACCCCGGCGGUGCGUUCGACCCCCUGGGUCUGGCUGACGACCCCGACGCUCUCGCGGAGCUGAAGGUGAAGGAGCUGAAGAACGGCCGCCUCGCCAUGGUGUCGAUGUUCGGAUUCUUCGUCCAGGCCAUCGUGACCGGCAAGGGUCCCCUUGAGAACCUGUCCGACCACCUGGCUGACCCCACCGUGAACAACGCCUGGGCCUAUGCCACCAACUUCACCCCCGGCCAGUAA